CAUAAACCACGUGCUUUUGUACCUACCACGCCCAUUUUCAUGGUUUGUGCACAAAGAAUAAUGUAUGAUGUCAUAAGUUAUGACGUCAGUGAUAAACAAACAAAACCACGUGUACGCAAUGUACUUUUAAUGGUGGACAUUUUUAUCUCAGUUCCGCACGGAUAAGUUUUAAUAAUUUUACCGAUAAGAAGAACAUUUGCCACAAUUGCUAUCCACGCUCGUGAUAGAAUAUGGGAAGACGCACACAUAGAGGUGAUUUUGGACUAAAUAAGUCAUUAUGCGAAAUAAAUACAACGCUUCUUAAGUACGAAGAUUACAAUCUUGCGGAUUCGUUUGCUGGUGGAAAAGUGCUGACUUUGUUUAAUUGUUUCGAUUUUCAACGUAUUGAAGACCACGAAGAAGAAACAGCGUUUUCUAAAAGCCCACUUGUGAUGAAGAGUAGGGGUUACCAACGAGCUUUCUUCGAUUAUAGCAACCCUCCUUACAUUACCCCACCAACAUCUCCAAUAGCACCGAGUCUCUACGAUGAAAGGACAAGGACUCGUUUCCUAUCGUCGAUCCCUUGCCAGGAUGUAAUAAACGAUACGAUCGUCCGUAAAAUACCAGCCGAUCGAUUUGUAGGGAUUCAGAAGACAAAUGUACCGUCAACAGAACAAUUGAGUGAAACGAUAUAUCCACGCUGUAGUAUUGACCAUGAAACUCCUAAGAAAAAGAACAGAAAAAAUCGAAACUUUCCAAAGUUUACUCAACCGCGUCCACGUGCGCGUGUUCUUCAUAACCAGUCUCCGUCAAAGUACUUGGAGGAGCAAAGACUACUUGCUCUUCUCCAGCGCGAACAGCAGUCUGAUAGUGACGUUCCUGAAAUUGUUGAGAAACCCAAGAGACCUAGAAAAUAUACCCCUCGAUCCAAACCAAACAUACCGCACUAUACUCCAAAUACAGAUGAUGAAAGAGAAACAUCACCUCGAAAAAGAAAAGCUAUAUUUACUCCGAAGAAGUUACGUUUUGCCAUUGAAAAACAACACGAGAUCCAACCCGAAUCUGACAUGAACGAGCCUAAAACAUCGAUUGCUAACUGUUUUGAAACUAAACAGGAAGAAUGUAACAAAGAUGAACGUGUUAAUGCAAAGAAAUUGGUCAAACCGGAUAAAAUACCUAAAUCUUCUAAAAAGGAAACUGCAUCAUCAGUGAAAGAGGACGCAAUUUCAAAUACUGGAAAUGCCACAAAUAAUGACAAAGAAUCAACCAAGACGCACAAACACACAAAAACUCAUGCAAGUCUCCUAUCAAAGAAAAAGAAGCAAAUUUUAGAAGACGACCGCAAAUUCAACCCUGCCAAGAAAACGAAAUCCAACAAGACGAUUUCCGAGACCAAGAAGACCAAAAAAGCAUCCUCAAAGAGAGAUAAACUUAUUGUGAAAUUCAAGCCAAGAAAAUGAUCAAAAUGUGGCUGAUAAAAAGACUGAAUUAAAGUGUGAUGUUGUACAGGUACGUCUCUGUAUAACCACAGGCCUUAGCUUACUCCUAUGGACGAACAUUAGCAUAUCUUUAUAGUCAGCGCGUGUUUAGGAGUUUUGGGACAAAGAUGUAUAUACACA